ACCCAAUACCUCGUCCACAAAGAACUCCUCACCAGCGCUAGCCCAUUCUUCGCCGCAGCACUCAACAGCACAUUCGCCGAAGGAAUGGAACAAGUCGUCCGCCUGCCCGAAGAGAAACCCGAAAGCUUCGAAUGGUUUCUCCAAUGGCUCUACACCGGUACCCUGACCACGCAACCCUCUUCCAUCGACCCAAUGAAUCGCGGCGUCUACACUCGUGGCCAUCCCCAUACCUUCCCCGCCGGCUCCCAAAUCUCAUCUCCCGCCUCCCACUUCGAAUCCCAUCUCGACGGCGACCUCCGCAACUCUGCCGGCUCCCCGAAAUACUUUCUCCUCCUCGACCUCUACGCCCUCUCCGACCGUCUCCUCACCACCCCCCUCAGCAACCACAUCCUCAGCACCAUCGCCCGCCUCUCAGAAUCCACAAACUCCGUCCCCACCCCCAGCGACACCUGGAUUCUCUACGACACCAUCCGCGACACCUCCCCCCUCCGCACCUUAAUCCUCGACCUCUUCGCCUACAAAAAAACCGAUAAACUCCUCGAAACGCAUAAAGAUGACUGG